GACAAACCGGAAAUAUACGGAAAAAGCCGACGGUGACAACUUCCCUCUGCCUGCAAAUCAGCGCGGGAACAAACACCAGGGCCAUUCAAAAUCAGUGAGAGUUUAUCUACAGUUUCUUAAUAUUUCACCGACGCACAUAUUCUAUAUUUGAUUGUUGGCCUCUCUUUGCAACUGUAGCCUGUUGGCAUCUUUGCCAGACACACUUGCAUUAGGGCUCUGUGGGGGGAUUACUGAGUGCGUCAGGAUGAAGGUGGUUACCUGUGAGAUUGCGUGGCACAACAAGGAGCCGGUGUACAGCAUGGACUUCCAGCAGCAGUGUGAGGGAAAGAUCCACCGGCUGGCCACCGCUGGAGUGGACUCCACUGUGCGGAUGUGGAAGGUGGAAAUGGGGCCGGAUGGCAAGGCAGCGGUGGAGUUCCUGUCCAAUCUGGCUCGGCACACCAAGGCCGUGAACGUAGUGCGGUUCUCCCCUAGCUCCGAGCUGCUGGCAUCAGGCGGAGAUGACGCCGUCAUCUUGCUGUGGAAGCUGAAUGACUGCAAGGAGCCGGAGCCAGCUGUCUUACAGGAGGAUGAGGAUGCUCAGCUCAAUAAGGAGAGCUGGACCGUGGUGAAGACCCUGCGGGGUCACAUCGAGGACGUGUACGAUAUCUCCUGGGCCAGUGAUGGGAACUUCAUGGUGUCAGGAUCUGUGGAUAACACAGCCAUCAUGUGGGACAUCACAAAGGGGCAGAAGAUGUGCAUUUUUAACGAUCAUAAGAGUUAUGUGCAGGGUGUGAGCUGGGAUCCCCUGGGACACUACAUUACCACCCUCAGCUGUGACAGGGUCAUGCGGGUGUACAGUGCUCAAACCAGGAAGAAGGCCUACAACAUCAGUAAAAUGACAUCUGGAUCAGCGGCUGAGGGGGAGGUGAAGAAUUACAGAAUGUUCCACGAUGACAGCAUGAGGUCUUUCUUUCGCCGGCUCUCCUUCACCCCCGACGGCUCCUUCCUGCUGGUUCCAGCUGGGUGUGUGGAGGCUGGAGAGAACGUUACUAACACCACCUACAUCUUCUCCAGGAAGAACUUUAAGCGGCCCGUCGCUCACCUGCCCUGCCCCGCCAAGGCUACGCUAGCCGUGCGCUGCUGUCCUGUCUACUUUGAGCUCCGGACCCACAAGAGUGAAGACGGCUCCACGCAGACCCUCCCUAACACCCUGCAGCUGCCAUAUCGCCUGGUGUUCGCCGUGGCCUCUGAGAAUUCCAUCUUCCUGUACGACACUCAGCAGAGCCUUCCUUUUGGUUACAUCUCCAACAUCCACUACCACACCCUCAGUGACCUCACAUGGUCCCGGGAUGGCUCUUUCCUGGCCGUGUCCUCCACUGAUGGGUACUGCUCAUUCCUGUCCUUCUCUCCGGGGGAGCUGGGGACCCCCCUGAAGCAGCGCCCCCUUCUGGAGACACUCACUCCUUCGUCUGUCCCUGAGAAGAAAGGCAAGAAGGUGGCGGGGGGCAGAACUGCCUCCCCCGUACCCCGGAACACAGAGGCCAGCCCCGGAGCGGGGUUAAAGGUCAGCACGGUGGGAGAGGGGGCUUGCGAUGCCCCCUCCACCCCCCUGAGCACCAAGACCCCCAACGCCUGCACCCCUACCUCAGGCGACCGGACGAGCCAGUCCGGCCAGGCCAAGCCCCAGCCCCGCAGGAUCAUGCUCAACACCCUGGAGGCCUGGAGCAAAGCCAGCGCCCCUAAAACGACCAGCACCCUUACAGCGGGAUCCCCCAGUGCCAGGACCCCCAGCACCCCCAAGGGGCCCACUCCCAGGCGGAUCUCUCUGACUCCAGUCCCUGGGCCGGGCUCCACCCAGACCUUUGCCUCUCCUUCCCCCUCAGAGAAGGCCAAGCAUGAGAGGCCAUCCCCCCCCAGUGACCCCAUGUGCAAACCCCCAGAGCCCAAGCGCUCCAAGAAUGAUGAACCCCUCCCCAGUGCCACGCCCAGUGCCACGCCCAGUGCCGCCCCCGCAGCCCCACCCAGCACCACAGAUGGCAAUGAGCCGCAGGACCCGUGAAGACCCUGGUACAGACUGACUGAUGUCACCACUGGCCCCCUCAAACUGGCCCCCCCACCGCACACACUCCUGUUCCUCCUGUUCCACAUGGAUGCAGCACACUAAUGCUGUGUGUGUGUGUGUUCCUAUCCUCCUGUAACUUUGGGAUAUCGAGUGUGAGGGAAAUGUGCACUUAUGGAGGUUGCUUCUUGUAUUUUAAAAGUUAUGUCUGAUAAACACUUCAGCUUAGAACUUCAAUUUUACCCAUGAUUCUCUGCACCAGUGGAACAUAGCAAUUUGAACAUCCAUCUGUGUUCCUCUCCUGUCAGAAUGAGGCUCAUUGAAAAGUCACUCUUCACUCACUGUUUUUUUGUCUGUGUUUUUGCGUAUUGUAACUGUGCAUUGGAGUUACUCUAUACAUAUUAUUUUUAAAUGAACUGAUAAUAUUAGACGUGUUAUCCAGCUUAAGGACAGCUUCUGUUUGAAAACUUUCCGACAAAGGAAUUGAGAUGCGAGUAAAUGUAUCACUGUAAAAAUAA